CUUCUACUAACCAAACGUUGUUUUGAUGGUUCGUGCCUAUGGUGGUUGAGUUGGUGGGUGAGCGGCGGUGCAGUGACCGGGAUAGAGCACUAGGGAGCAGCAGCGGGCUGGAGCCGGAGCCGGGCUCAGUCUCUCCACCGUUAAACUCCGCGGAGGAAGAAAAACACAGCGGCCAGCGCUCGGAGAAAAUGGCCGAUGUGGAGAUGGAUUUACAAAGCGAGAGGCUGAAUAACGGGAAAGAAGACUUAGAAAGUCCAGAAAAGAGCGGGAAUGAGAACGGCGACGUUUCAGAAGAAGAAGAUGAGGAAGAGGAGGGGGAGGAACAAACUGAGGUGAACGGAGAGAACAAAGGCGAACGCUCCAAACACCACAGCAGCAGCGGUAGCAAACACAAGAAGAAGAAACACAAGCACCGUAGCAAACACAAAAAGCAUAAGCAUGCGUCAGAAGAGGAUAAGGAUCGCAAGCGUAAACACAGACAUAAACAUAAGAAGCACAGACGCAAAGAGGCAGCAUCUCCUUCAGGAGGUGCCAACAAGAAGCCUGAGGAUGGCUCCCCUUCUUCUGAGAACCCAAACAUGGAUGACAGGGCUCUACUGGAGGAUCUGGAGAAGCAGCGAGCACUGAUUAAGGCUGAACUGGACAGUCAACUGAUGGAGGGGAAGGUACAGUCAGGCAUGGGUCUUAUCUUGCAAGGGUACAACUCCGGCUCUGAGGAGGAUGGAGAUGGGCAGAGGGCACGAAAUGGGGAACAGCGGCAGAAAGGCAGUGGGGGUAAAACCCGUUCACCCAGGGACCAGAGCAGCAGAGGGGGCAGAACCAGACGGGAAUCGCCAGAAGCCACUAAAGCUAGUGGUAAGCGUCGCAGUCGGUCCAGAGACAGGGCAGGCAGGGACAGCAAAACCGGAAAGACGACCAAAACCAGCAAAGAGGAGACCAAGGAGCACAGCAGAUCAGAAGACAAGAAGCGUUCCAAGAGCAGAGACCGAUCCAAAGACAGGGGAAGAAAAUCCUCUUCACCAUCCAACCGGAGACGCACUUCAGCAGAAAGAAGAGCUGAACAGAAAGGACGUUCUGACAAGCGCUCCUCCCCAACACAAAUAGAGGAGAGGAGGACUCAGGAGCAGGCCGGUCAGAGGUCUGGGUCACGCAGAAGCCGUUCACGUGAUCGGCGGUCUCGCUCCAAAGAGGCCCAUCCAGCCCGUUCAGAGACUGAUAAGGAAAAGCGGCCGGGAAAGUCCCCUUCAAAAGAUGCCUCGUCAGGAAAGGAGAAUCGCUCACCACACCACAGACGAGCAUCAAGCCCUCAACGCCGUCGCAGUUCCUCCCCCCGGCAAAGAGAACGGCAGGCUCACCGACAACCUUCAGGCUCCACCGAGCGGGGCUCCAAACAGAGCCACUCACCCUCUAGGAACAGGUCGCCUGCCAGAAGGGCCCGCAGCCGCUCAGCUGAGCGGAGGAGAGACUCACCUAUCAGAAAGCGUUCUCGUGCAGAUGGGAUCGGGAGGUCCCAUGAUUCCAGCCCAGUGAGGCGCAGGGUCAGCCGCUCACCGCUCAGAAGACGGUCCGUUUCACCACGAAGACAGUCUCGUCCUUCACCUAGAAGGCGGAGCCGAUCUCCAUUAAGGCGAAGGUCCCCUGAGAGGGAUCGGUUUGGGCGUGCCAGACCUCGUCGCUCUAUCUCCAGGGACCGUGAGCGCAGGCGGAGGCGAAGCAGAGAUGAAGACAAGUUCAAAGGGAGUCUAUCAGAGGGCAUGAAGGUGGACCAAGACUCCUCUUCUGAGGAAGUGAUGGAGGAUUUUGAUGCAGAAGAGGAGGAUGAAGAGGCUCUGAUUGAACAGCGACGACAGCAGCGGUUGGCUAUAGUACAGAAAUACAAGGCAGUAAAUGAGGAUAGCAACAUGGGUUCCAUGGCUUCUGAGCCCAGCAGCCCCCAGAGCAGCUCACGUAGCCGUUCACCCUCUCCGGACGAUAUCCUGGAGCGGGUUGCUGCUGACGUGAAGGAGUACGUGCGUGAGAAUUUAAACACGUUUGAGGCUAACAUCAAAGCCAAGCACAACCUCAUCGCCCAGGAGAAAGAGGGAGCCAGCACAAAAAAGCCCACUGCCCCUGACAUGUUCACAGAGUCUGACGACAUGUUUGCUGCAGACUUUGAUAGUGCCAGACUCAGGGCUGUGGGCAUCGGGAAGGACUUUAAAGAGAACCCGAAUCUCAGGGACAACUGGACUGAUGCUGAAGGCUAUUAUCGUGUAAACAUUGGCGAGUCAUUGGAUAAGCGCUACGAUGUCUAUGGAUACACAGGGCAGGGUGUCUUCAGCAACGUUGUCCGAGCCAGAGACACUGCCCGUGCUGGACAGGAUGUAGCAGUCAAGAUCAUCCGUAACAAUGAGCUAAUGCAGAAGACAGGACUGAAGGAACUGGAAUUUCUAAAGAAGCUUAACGAUGCUGAUCCUGAUGAUAAAUUCCACUGCUUGCGCCUCUUCAGACAUUUCUACCACAAACAGCACUUAUGUUUAGUGUUUGAGCCUCUUAGUAUGAAUCUACGAGAGGUCUUGAAGAAGUAUGGGAAAGAUGUAGGACUCCACAUUAAGGCUGUUCGUUCUUAUAGCCAGCAGCUGUUUCUGGCCUUAAAGCUUCUGAAACGCUGCAACAUCCUCCAUGCUGACAUCAAACCUGACAACAUUCUGGUGAAUGAGUCAAAGACCAUCCUGAAACUGUGUGAUUUUGGCUCGGCAUCUCACGUGGCUGAUAAUGAUAUUACACCAUACCUGGUCAGCAGGUUCUACAGAGCACCUGAAAUCAUCAUCGGGAAGCCAUACGACUAUGGAAUUGAUAUGUGGUCAGUGGGCUGUACACUUUAUGAGCUCUACACCGGAAAGAUCUUGUUUCCUGGCUCCUCCAAUAACCACAUGAUCAAACUGGCAAUGGAUCUAAAGGGCAAGAUGCCAAACAAGAUGAUCCGGAAAGGCUUGUUCAAAGAUCAACAUUUUGACCAGAACUUGAACUUCCUGUAUAUAGAAGUGGACAAAGUGACUGAAAGGGAGAAAGUGACCGUAAUGAGCACUAUUAACCCCACGAAGGACCUGUUAGCAGACAUGAUCGGUGGACAGAGGCUUCCUGAAGAGCAGAGGAAGAAAGUGAUGCAGCUGAAGGAUCUAAUAGAUGGCACUCUGAUGCUGGACCCAGCCAAGCGCAUCACCAUCAAUCAGGCCUUGCAGCACCCUUUUAUCCAGGAAAAGAUCUGACCUGACUUUUGUCACUAUUUGAUCUGACUUUCAUUUACUUUAUUUCUUUUUUUGACCUACCACUGGAAGUGCAGUGGUCACACCAGUCGUCCUCCUUCUGGAGAUCUGCCACCCUAUGGAAGUUUGGUCCUGAUCCCUGAUCCACUUAUCUUUAUCAGGAUGUGACUGAACUUACCUCAGUUAGCUAUGUUGGUGAGGAAAAGAGCUGAACUGGUAAAGGAAGAUGAUCUUCAGGUGGAGGGUAGGUCACUUCAGCACUAGAGUCAGAGCUGUGAUGCUGGUCCAGAACCGAACCAACUAAGUCCACUGCGAAUGUUUGGAACCAUUGAAGACUUAUUUUUUUAUUCCCUUUUUGUUUUGUUUUAGGUGCAGUUGUUUUUGUUUCCCCAUUUUUUGAUUACAAAGCUGUUGAAUGAUCUGGUUUUUAUUGUAUAUAAUCCAUACAUAAUUACAUGUGGUCAUUCACACCAGAAUGAGUGUUUUUUCUCUGCGGUUGUUAGAUUUGGACUUGCAAUUUAUUUAACUUCAGAUAUGGCUGGCCUUUAAGGGGGGCCUGGCAGCAGGAACAGCAAGUUCAGGCAUUAAAAUGGUAAGACAAUUGGAACAGUGUGACAUCUGAGACGGGAACAGAAUUUCUCAGCCCUCUAGAGGCCAAUUAAAUUUCACUUCAAGUAAACACCUCAAAACAUACUAGUCAGUUAUCACAGUUUCUUUGGUCAGCCAAUUAGAGGCUCAUUAGCUUAUUGCUCUGGGAAAUAGAUAAGUUGCUUCCUUUUGAGAAGGUUUCAAGACCACUUAAAGACAAGAGGGUUGAAACUCCUGAAAUGUCUUUUAUAUUUAUUUCCUCAGCUGUUUAGGAAUGCUCUUGUCGUUUGGUACUUCUGCCUUAGUGGCAGUGGUAAAAUGACAAUAUUCGAGAUCAGGAAAGUGCUGUUUUUUGCUGCCAUUUAUUAUGAUACUUUGGCUGUCAUUCGUCACAGAUUUAAAAGUACUACAUAGGGGGGAAAUCUCAUGCUGUUUUUUUUUUUUUUUUCCUCCUUCUUGAGUAAACACAAGCUGCAGGGCAUGGAUUUCCCGGGGCUAACCACUAACAUUCAGUUUGUCAGAGUCCUUAGGUAGGAGGUAUUUCAGAAACCAGGAUUUUCUAAUUCAGUCAGAUAACUUAAGCCCAAGCCAAGGCCUAGACCAGGAGAAAAAGUUAGGGACAUUAGCUGUGUUCCAAAGUAGUGCUGCACAAUAAUAAAAAAUCCUAUUAGAGUAAGUUUUUGUUCUGCAAUUUAUAUUGCGAUAUAUAUAUAAAAAUAAUAAUAAUAUAUGGUUUACAAGCGCAAAAAUGGUGGGAAUACUGGUCUAAAUAUUUCAGCACAUGUUUCUUCCUGUCUAGGCUAUUCAUACCAGCAAAAAAAAAACUUAUACUUGCCAUCAAAGCCAUUAUGGAUCAACACUGUUCUAUUCCUCCAGCUGCUGACUGCUGCACCUGUAUAGCCUGUUAGAUAUAGUGGUUAUUUUGUUAUAUUCCAGUCUUAAGUCUGCAUUCAGCUUUUACAGGUAGAAUUAUUGUGAGUAGGAUUUCAGUAUUGUUCUGCAUAAUUCAAGCCAAAUUGUCCCCUUUUUUUUUAAUAUCAGUUUCAUGUUUAGCAAAGGCUCCCUGGUGCACAAAAGUAAAAUUUUGCCAUUUGAAAUGCCCAAGUUCUAAAUUUGCCCCAUUUUAAAGUGCCUCCCUUUUGAGUUUGCUUGCUUAAGCAACUUACUGUAGUACGAGUUGGUGACAUUGGCCCUGACAUUCAUUUCAUGUUGUAAAUAUUUCUUGGUUUUGUUAUGCAAAAAGUCAAUGCUAGAUUUUUUUUUCUUACAAGAGAAUAAACAUUUUAGAAAAUUGCUGAACUCACGAUUGGGUUGUAAAGAUAAACAUACAAAAUACAGCA